UGCAUUUCAUCAACAUUACUAUAGCAACAUAAAUAACAAACAAUGUCGGUAGUUUGAAAUUAAAAAUUGUCGAGUAAGAGCUUCUUAGCUUACCCUCCAUUUCUUUUAUAAAUUUUUAAUGAAUUAGUUGCAUAAUAAGUUUUAAGACCACAGAAGAUCAAAAUUUACAAGCAAUCAAAUGAACAAAAUUAACGAAAACAAUUUCGCUAAUGAAAAAAAGGAAAAACUGAAACAGUCUCAAAAAACUAGGUUAUCGCGCAACCAGCCAUCAACGCAUUCCGAACAGUUUUCCAUAAUUUUGAAAGCUCCUACAAGGCUCCCUAGAAUUGCCAUGGCUUCGUCGGACUUUGAGCGCCAGCUUACGAGCGCGCAAAAGCUCAACGAUCACAAUUAUCGAGGCCUAGUCUAUCGUGCCUAUCCGAAUGAACCGACUUGCGCGUGUCCACAGAUUGCAUCUGGCAAGAAGACUACGAAGAAGAAGCAGCAGCAGCAGCACUCAAGCUUCUCGGGCUGUCGUUCCGGCUGCACGAGCCGCUGCUGCUCGAGCGUGCGGCAACGAAAAGACGCUAACGACUCCGGGACGAGCCCCGCGCACUUUAUGCCCAUCCAUUGUGCGCCGAGCACGAAAAAUGACGAGGUUUACAGCGGAGUAGCCUGCAACAGCAAAGAGCAAAGAAUCAGAAUGAGGGGUGGCGGAAGCGGCGAGCAGCUUGGCUUUUUCAACGGCGGCUCGGACUUUACGUGGUACAACGGCGGAUUCAUGCCUGCGCUACGUCUUGAAGGCGGAGGCGGAGGAGAAACUUACCCAGCUGCAGGCUGUGGGAAAGCCAAGGGUAUGCAAAGAUUCAACACUUUUGAAAACAACCAAGAUUUCUUCCAAUGGGACCGCAUAAAUCCAGGAUUUAUGGCAGCAAAUAAAUGUCAACUCAGAAAUAAUGAAGAUAAAUCUAAUAAACCUUUGUGCUCUUGUCCUGACAAAAGUCACUUAGAAGCAGUGUUGAAAAAGAAAGGUCACGGAGUUUGCAUUAAAAAACCUUGCCUAGGAACAGAUUGUCUAAUCAAGGCUUUUCAAGAUGCACAAGACUUUGUGGACUCCAUAGGAAAAGUACCUGGAUUAGCUGGUCUAGGUAUAAUUGAAAGUCCUUAUUUUGGCCAAUCUAAGGAAGUAAAGGAAGUGAAAAAAGCAGAAUCUAAAUUAGGACCUACCAACAAACAUGCUGAAACGACAAGCAAUCUAUGCAACACUCAAAAUCUUGAAAAUUUGAAAAUGCUAAAUUACAAUAAAUCAUUAGCAGCGCAUACCCCUAAUCUACCAAAAAAAUCUGGGGUUGUUCAAGAAGGAAUUGUUGCUAUUCCAGAUCCAUUAGUUCAUGCAUCGCUGAAACCUAAAAAGAAAGAUGAAAAAAUUGAAAAGCCAAAAGAAACAGAAAGUAGCACCUCUCCUAUUCAAAAUUUUGAAGAUACGCCUUGUGGGGAACCAAAAUGUAAGUCAAAGCCAAAAAAAGUUGUUGCCGAAGAAGCAAAUUCAGAUUCUGCUGAAAAAAUUGACGCUAUACGAGACAAAGUUUCUGCUCCACAAAAAGCAGAUAAAAAGCAUUCACCAAAAAUGAGAUCACAUUCAGGUCUGAGUGGUGAUCGCACUAGGAACUCUAAAUCUACUCCACGAUUAUCCAAAUCAGCCAAGGCAAAUCAGUUUAUUUAUUCAUUUGGCAACUCUUACCCAACUUCUGUAUAUGGACAUAAAAACUGCAGUCUUCUUCGAACUCGAGUUCCAGCACACAUGGGUUGGAUGUGGAAUCAAACUGAUACAGUAGGCAAACUCAAGCUUCGGGCUGGAUGGAGACCUGGUGCAAUCAGUGUACAUCUUCGUGAUAUUUUGAGGGAGGCUAAAGAAGGUUUCUUAAAAGAAACACGAAGACCAAGAUCAGCACCAUCUAAAAGCAGAAAAGGAAAAGCUCAGAAAACUAUGAGUUAUACUUCCAUAAAAAAAACUCUUAUUGCUAAUGAGGAGGAAACUGAAGAAGAAGACAAUUUUCCACCAACACUACAUAUACAUAGAAAAGAUGGCGUGUAUUAUGUUACUAUGUAUCCGAUCCGACCAGAAGCUUCGGAAGUGCCACGAAUAGAUGAGCCUGUCAAUCCUCUUCAAUUCAAAAUUGUCAAGAGUAAAGAUUCUCUUGCAUCCAGCUCCACCGCAUCAGAUAUGGAGAUAGAAUUUACUCCUCCAGCUGCUGUUAAUCGCCUAAAGAAAAAACCAAACGUUAUCCACAUAGAAACGCAAGUAAAACAACAAGAAAUUUUAGAUGCCUUUAAAAAGACUGCGGAUUUCAAAAAGAAAAAUAAAGAUAGCAAAACUAAAAAGGAUAAAGUAAAAAAGAAAUAGAUCAUAAUAAUUGUAAGGCGAAUAUUGGUGUAAAUGCAAUUAUGUGAAACGAUUGAAUUAAUUGUAAAACUAGCAUAUAUUUGCAUAGAUUGCUGUGUAAAAAAUUCUUCUACAUUUGCAUUAGGUAUUAAAUUAAUAUGUAUCGAUCAAUUGAAUUUUAAAAGACUAAUAAAUAUUUCUUAACAAAUUA